GCGUGCGUCUUCUAGCCACAGUUUACCGGUUGCCUUCUGACCGACAGAUCGAACACGCCAAUCGAGCGCAGUGCACUCAAUCAAGUGAACACACGUAUCCCCGAAUCGCCAGGAAGUGGCAGGAUAACUGCGAGCCAGUGACCAGUGUUUGUGUGAAAUAUUAAAUCAAAUAAAAAAAGGAAAUAUCCCGGAACCAUGUUUAAGUUCGUGUGCCUGUUUGCAUUGAUUGCCUCCACGGCGGCGGCUGCCUCGGAAGCGGACAGCCUGCUGACCAGCGCUUUGAAGAUGGUCAAGGACUGCGGCGAGCGGUCGAUGGUCUUGUGCAUGAAGGAGCGAGCUCUGCACUACUUCGACACUGAGAACGGAGAUGUCCGGCUGACCGAGGGCAUCGCUCUGGUCAAAACAGACGAGAUCCCCGUGGGUCGUUCCCUCAACGAGAUGCAGUUGCCCGAGGAGGUGGAGGCCCGGGAGGCCGAGGUGGACUCCCUGCUGGUGGAGCGCGUGGCCCGCUUCUUCGGCACCCACACGCUGCAGUUCAAGGUGCCCAAGGACUCCAUCCAGGACAUGCAGCGCGCCCUCGAGGAAUCUCGUGGCAAGAAGAAGGAGAAGAAGAAGUACCUGAUGCCGCUGCUGAUGCUCUUCAAGCUGAAGAUGGCCGCCCUGCUGCCCUUGGCCAUCGGCUUCCUGGCUCUGAUCUCCUUCAAGGCGCUCGUCAUCGGCAAGAUCGCCCUGCUGCUCUCCGGCAUCAUCGGGCUGAAGAAGCUGCUGGAGUCCAAGAAGGAGAACUACGAGGUGGUGGCGCACCCGCACUACGAGCACGAGCACAGCUACGGACGCUCGCUGCCAGCCGGCGCCGCCGAUUCCCAGGCCCACAAGCUGGCCUACGCGGCGUAUGAGCAAUGAGCCAAUGAGCUGUCUGCCAAAAACCGCUGAAUGCUGAGGCAACCAUCAGUGCAAUACUCGGAUGGAGGAUGGAGGAUGGAGAGAAGAGGGCCGUCGUCGUCUAACUUAUUCUAUUUAUUUAAUUUAUUUGUAUAGCAUAGUUCAUGCCAGGCUUACACACAUAAGGCGCCAUUGAGAAAAUCCGAGCGGCAACGCAAAAACCCAGAUUCCCAAAACUCAAAUCAAAAAAACCAAGAACCCAGAGAAAAUAGGUAUAGAAGUAAGCAGCUGGGGGCUGCCGCCGGGGGAAACCUGGCGUCCUUUAAAGCUAAUCUUAGCAACUCUUGUAUUAAUACUCAGAGCUUUACUGCCCAUAAACUCUACGCUUAACUCAACUAAACUCUCAAGCUAAACUAUUAAACUAAACUGCCUAACUCUGAACUGCCGCUAGGCGCAGGAGAGCCCCUGGCCAGCCAGCCCCCCUAAAAACAAAAAUCAAUAAAAGAAAUGCCGCAUUUAUCUCGAACCGA